UGACAUUGAUAGAUGUCAGAUCUGUACUAUACAGCUUAUCAGAUUUGCUUAAAAAUACUUUUAAAUAUCUCUAUCUAAGCGCUAAAUAAUAGGAUGAAAUAGUGAGUGAAAUAGCUAUGACUACUCAAUACAAGAAAUUUACCAGACUCAUAGCUAAAUGGCCCGUUGAUAAUACAAAAGGCGACAGGGACCUCGGAAAAUUCAUCAGAGAUAAAGUUAAGGCUGCGUUUGAGUCAUCAGAGCGCCAGAACUUGGAUUCUGAGCUGUGCAACCGACAGUACAACUCACUCAAUAAGCUAGCUGAUAAUUAUUACAAAAACAAGUAUAAACGAACUCACAGCAGUACAGCAACAGGGCUUAAUACUGAAGAGUGCAACCUCAUCCUAUCUAACGAAGUUCUCGAAUAUUUGAAGGAGGAAAACAAAGGUUUCUUCAGCAAAGUAUUGAGCACAGAACAUGUACGGUACAGAGAUCAUACACCUGUUAUGUUAAAUGAGUCAAUAAAACAUUUAAAUCCUCAAGACAAUGAGCUGUACAUUGAUAUGACAUUUGGAGCAGGUGGACACUCCAAGAAAAUUCUAGAAUCUGCUGAUUGUAAACUGAUUACUUUAGAUAGGGACCCAGUAGCAUAUGAAAAAGCUCAGAAAUUAGCUGAAGAGUACCCCAAUAGAGUAAUACCAUUAUUGGGUAGGUUUAGUGAACUCCCUGACCUUUUGAAAGCAAAUGAUAUAAAACAAUCCUCAAUUGAUGGAAUGCUCUUCGACUUUGGAUGCUCUUCAAUGCAAUUAGAUGUGGGAGAAAGAGGAUUUUCCAUCAGCAAAAAUGGUUUGUUGGAUAUGAGGAUGGACGCUGGCAGAGAUCCAAAUCAAAUAACUGCCAGAGAAGUACUAGCCACUGCUAAUGAGCAUGAACUCUACAAGAUAUUCAAAAUAUACGGGGAAGAGAAAAAAGCUGCCAAAAUAGCACAAACUAUUAUUCAAGCAAGAUACAUGAUCAAGAACAUUGAGACAACCAAAGAAUUAGUUGAUCUUGUCAAUGCCUGUUGCCCUGAUGAGAAACGGUUAGAUAAACUGCAGAGACCACAAUCAAAUGCUACAAAAAUAUUUCAAGCAUUACGUAUCUUCGUUAACAAUGAAUUGAACGAAAUUAACUAUGGUAUGGUUCUUGCUAAAUACUUCUUGAAACUCAAUGGGAAAUUAGUAACUAUCUGCUUCCAUUCAUUGGAAGAUACGAUAGUCAAACGUCAUAUAGCAGGGAAUUUGGUCAAUGAAGUUGCGAAUCCUGUUCCAUUGAAGUAUUUAAGUCCUAUGUUAGUUCAGGAUCAAGAUACCAUCAACAUGUUCUUGGAUACUCCUUGGAAAGCCAUCAAUAAGCAUGUGGAAGUUCCCACUGAUGAAGAAGUGGAGAGAAAUCCCAGAAGCCGUAGUGCUAGAUUACGAGCUGCCAUCAAAAUUAAAUGAGAUUUUUUGUGGUGAAACAGCCUUUACAGAAUGUAUAGAGUAGUCAAAUAGUUCAAUUAUAUAGUUGUACAUAACAGUUGUUUUUAAGGAUUAUUGUUUCUAUUACAAAAUUUAGACUAA